UUAAACUUCACUGUUUCAACGAUUGUUUGGUAUGAAACGCCUUCAGCUUCUGUGGCAGUGGCUCCUCCAUUUCACUUACUCAUCAUGCUGUCGAAUACAGGAAUAGCGAUCUCAGUCCCCUUAGUAAGUUCCAUUCCUUAUGUAAAGCAUCGCAGCAUCCUACGCCUCCCGCCACAUAGACAUCAACAGGAUUUGGAGGAAACCAAAACUUGCAGAAUACGCAAAAUAUCCAGGGGAAAAUCCGAAAAAGAAGCCGAAGCCUCAGAAGUAAUCCAAUGCGAACUAGGGAAGGAUAAAGAGAGGCAGUGCACAUGCUCAGAGGUGCUCUCUAGCAGUUUGCUGCAGCCAUUCAAAGACAUCAUCACAAAGGCAAGUGAGAGAUCAGUGAAAAAGGAAGACUCAACUAACGAGAUGCUGAAGGCUUGCGCAAGCAAAGUGGUCAUUUUAGUGCCAUUAAUUCUUGUAGUUGGGCUAAUUUCUACCAAGCCAGCUACAGCUGAAGAAGAAUCAGGAACAACAAUCCCUGCUGAAAGUCGCCCGUGUGUUGACUGCCAUGCAUUUGAAUUCAUGCAGAGGGCUUUGCAAGACUUAAAGAAAACAGCAUACAGCUUAGAUUCCCGGACAGAGACAUUGCUUUUUAAAGUGGAGAAGAGAACUCUCUGUGACUGUUUAACGGCAAAUGCACUGAACUGAAUACUGGAGAUCCACCUAGCAGCUGAUGGUUCUUCAACAGCUUUUAAAAUGCUGUUGUUAAUCCAGACAGACUUAGGGAAUAAAAUAUUGCAAACAUGUAAGCCUCAGGGCACUUUUGAAACUAGGUGGAGGAUUUCGGUAUGAUAUUGCUGUGUCUCUGCUCUCUGAGUGUUUGUGUAAUUCUUUGUUUUCACCUGUGUUGAUGUCAUCAUGAGUAUUAAGAUUUUUCCAAAGAAAGUGAAAAGCUGGAAGAGGUGCAGUUUUGAUUUAUUGCAAAUAUAUUAAAAACUUACUUUGGGAAGCGCUGUGUUUUUAACUUUAUAUUUUUCCCACUGAAGAGAAACUCGGAACAAAUCCAUAUUCUAGAUCUCUCUCGUUCUUGCCCACGUUCACUCGCUCUCUCUCUCACACACACACCCCUCUGAUGUUUCAGACAUUUCUUUCUUCUCUUAUACACAGGACGGGAAAUGCCUCUUUUAAGAUGCCUGUGCUUUGAUCCUCUAAAAAACAAAGUGUUUCUUCAAAAAUAUUGUUUUUACUCGUAUGCAAAUUUAGUUGAUAGAUUAAUUGAUCAAAAUAUUUUGUAAAACUCAUAUGAGUUUAAUUGAUUAAAAAGUCUUUAAAAUAAAGAAUUGGUUCUCUGAGUCAAUACCUUGUACCACACUUUUGUUGGUACUCCCAAGGAGGCUGUCACUGUAAAGAUUUUUAAUAGUACAGAAGAGAAAAAAACACAAAAACCAGUGAUCCCUUAUGACUGCAUUUAAUAUAAAGAAACACAACCAAACAUUGAAGAGUCAGAUUUCUCAAUUUCUCAAAAUAUAUAUUUACAGCUUCAGUAACCAUCAACAUACUGUUGGAGGUCUUCAGAGCCUUGCUUCCGGGAAGAACAGCUUUAGAAGCUAUCAACAAAACUAAUACAAGUUCUUCUUGGCAUGAGGGUAUUUGAGAUUCCUCAGUGUAGUCUAUUAAACAACUGGUGGGCCUUCAGGAAUUGAGCGGCCUACAGCCUUUCAAAAGUUAAUGAUGAUGGCCCUCCAGAAGGCUUUCACUUUCCCACCUUCUUGUUGUUGAUAUAUGGAAGUCCCUUUCUAACAACACUGUUGCUAAUAGUUUUGUGUCUGGAUAUAUGGUGUAAUUUGCCUCAUGUUGUACCAUCUAAUCUCUCACAGACUUACCCAAAUAGACUGAAAAGAAUAUGGCUGACCUGAUGUCCUUCCACUAGUUGUGUAUUAUUUCUUUUCCAAUAUUGCUUCCCAGUGUGGAUAUUAAACAUAAAAUAAAAUCAGCCCUCCACCAAUGGAGAGAUGUACUUCAUAACAUAUUG